CUUGUUGUUUAAAAAGUUGGUUUAGUCAAAUACAAAGCAAUCCAUCAUUUCACAUGGAAAAAGGAGUGAAAAAGAUAAAGAGACAAAAGAUGAUAAAAGCCGAAAAGUAAGUAAUUAACACUAAUCAUAGUUCUAUCAAACCGUACUUAAUUCAUAAGGGUAAAAUCGUCAUUGUAUGUUUCAACCCCCACCGCAUUUCAGUCACUCACACUCCCCUUGUCCCCGCAUUUGAAGGUGACCCCACCUUUCCCCGUCCUCUCUGAUGAGCUUGAACCUCCCCCGACCGGCCCCACCCACCAUUCUGUCUCCUCAACUUCUCCCUUUUUCAUUCAAAACUUCAAAUUAAUUUUAACUCCAUUUUUGUUAACUUCAUCACUUUCUUCUAAUUACCUUCCAUUUUACCCUAAUUUCUUAAUUAUACUUCUUAUUUAUAAAUAAAUAAUAUAGAUAAAUAAAUAGGUGGUGAUCUUGGGAUAUUAUUUCUGGAUUAUUCAAGCUUGCUGGAUUAGUUGUUGAAGAGGAAGAAGGUCUCUCAACUCUCAACUGUAACUAUAUUGAAGCUGAGUUUCAAACUUCCAAUGGCUUCUAGAAAUGGCGCUUUUCGAGGAGCUACUAAUUACAAGUCUUCUUCCUUCAAAUCAAAGCCUCCUGUCCGUCGCGCCGCUUCUCUUGGCGGCGGUGGCGCCGCAAAUACUAAGGGUGUUUCCGACGUUCCCGGAAGAGUUCGAGUAGCUGUAAGAUUGAGGCCUAAAAAUGCAGAGGAAUCAGUUGCAGAUGCAGAUUAUGCUGACUGUGUGGAGUUGCAACCUGAGCUUAAGAGGUUGAAGCUUCGUAAAAACAAUUGGGACUCAGACACUUAUGAAUUUGAUGAAUUGCUCACCGAGAUUGCAUCUCAGAAGCGUGUUUAUGAAGUUGUUGCUAAGCCUGUGGUUGAGAGUGUGCUUGAUGGUUACAAUGGAACAGUGCUGGCUUAUGGGCAAACGGGCACGGGUAAAACUUUCACUCUUGGAGAGUUGGGAGAAGAAGAUGUUUCUGAUCGAGGAAUCAUGGUCCGUUCCAUGGAGGGCAUCCUUGCUGACAUCUGUUUAGAGACUGAUUCAGUCUCUGUAUCAUACAUACAGCUGUAUAUGGAGACUAUUCAAGAUCUACUUAAUCCUGCAAAUGACAAUAUUCCUAUUACGGAGGAUCCCAGGACGGGAGAAGUAUCUUUGCCUGGUGCAACUGUUGUAGAGAUAAGAGACCAAAACAGCUUUCUUGAUCUCCUGCGGUUAGGGGAAGCUCAUCGUUUUGCUGCUAAUACGAAGUUGAAUACAGAAUCUUCUAGGAGCCAUGCCAUCCUUAUGGUACAAAUUAAGAGGUCCAUUAGAGGAGGAGAGCCUUCUUCUAGUGAUGAUGAAAACCACUCUCAAUCAGUAAAAAACUGUAAUCUACCAGUUAUACGGAAAGGCAAGUUGGUUGUGGUAGAUCUUGCUGGUUCUGAACGUGUUCACAAGUCAGGAAGUGAGGGCCACACCUUGGAGGAAGCUAAGGCUAUCAAUCUGUCACUUACCGCAUUAGGAAAAUGCAUCAAUGCACUUGCAGAGAAUAGCCCUCAUGUUCCAGUACGUGAUUCCAAACUCACCAGGUUGCUUAAAGAUUCAUUUGGAGGGACUGCAAGAACAUCUCUAGUUAUAACAAUUGGUCCUUCACCACGGCAUCGUGGAGAGACUACAAGCACAAUAUUGUUUGGACAAAGAGCCAUGAAGGUUGAGAACAUGUUGAAAAUUAAGGAAGAAUUUGAUUACAAAAGUUUGUCUAAAAGGCUUGAAGUACAACUGGACAAACUCAUUGCCGAGGGAGAAAGGCGGCAGAAAGCAUUUGAUGAUGAUGUCAAACGAAUAAGUCUAGAAGCUGAGAAUCAUGUCUCUGAUGUUGAAAGGAAAUUUUCUAAUGAAUUAGAGAAAGAAAGAACAAAAUGUCAAAUGGAAUAUUUAGAGUCCAUAAAGAAGCUCGAGGAGAAGUGGAUUUUGAAUCAACAAAACCAACACAAGAAUGGGUUCAGCAAUGGCCCAUGUGAUAAAGAGGAUGUGCCUUUAUCUGAGGAAGUUGCUGAAGUUAAACAGCUUCUUCAAAAGGAAAUUCAAUUGAGAAAGGCAGCCGAAGAGGAGGCCAACAGCCUGAAAAAUCAACUAUCGCAGUUGAUAUCUUCGGAGGGUGGUGGAACUGCUGAAUUUGUUAGACUUCACCAAAUGCUGGAAGAUGAAGAUUAUGAGAAAAAGAAGCUUCAAGAUGAAAUUACAUCUUUGCAAAGUCAAUUGUUGCAGCUCACAUUUGAAGCUGAUCAGAUGCGGAAGUACAUUGACAGGCUCGAGUCAGAAAAUGGAUACUCUCGUUCCCAUUCGCUCACAUCUCCAAGUAGACAUUCCCAAAACAAAGACAGAGAAAACGGACAUAAGUCAUCAUUUAACUCUCUCUUUGAACAAGUUGGAUUGCAAAGGAUCUUAACGAUGCUCGAGUCAGAGGAUGCCAAUAUACGUAUUCAUGCAGUGAAAAUCGUGGCCAACCUUGCUGCUGAAGAAACAAACCAAGAGAGGAUUGUUGCUGCUGGUGGACUCACUUCCUUAUUAAUGCUUCUUAGAAGCUAUGAAGAUGAAACUGUUCGCCGUGUAGCAGCUGGAGCUAUUGCCAAUCUUGCAAUGAACGAAGCCAAUCAAGAACAUAUAGUUGCCGAAGGUGGAAUCAGUCUAUUAUCAAUAACAGCUGAUGAUGCGGAAGAUCCACAAACUCUUCGCAUGGUUGCUGGAGCAAUAGCUAAUCUGUGUGGGAAUGACAAGCUACAGGUCAAGCUACGAGCUGAGGGUGGUAUUAGAGCAUUGCUUGGGAUGGUAAGAUGUAGACAUCCUGAUGUCCUUUCACAGAUUGCACGUGGCAUAGCUAACUUUGCUAAAUGCGAAUCUCGGGGCGCGACUCAAGGGUCAAAAACCGGAAAAUCCUUAUUGCUUGAUGAUGGUGCACUUCCUUGGAUUGUACAAAAUGCCAACAACGAAGCUUCACCCAUCAGGCGACAUAUUGAGCUUGCACUGUGUCACUUAGCUCAGCAUGAAGUAAAUGUGAAAGAUCUAAUUUCUGGUGGUGCACUCUGGGAGCUGGUACGCAUAUCCAGGGACUGCUCACGAGAAGACAUUAGGAGUCUUGCCCAUCGAACACUUAUUUCCAGCCCCACUUUCCAAGCAGAGUUGACUCGCCUAAGAAUAGAGAUAUAAUCUUGACGAAGAUGUUAUUUAUAUAUCCCCAACUUUGAAGAAAAUCCAGAUAGGAUUUUCAAGAUGCAGUGCGCGGUGCCUCAGGUUCAGAUAAGUGGAAGUAUACGAUGCUGAACAAAAGUUGUUAUUAUCAUGGAUUUUUCUGCAAGUCUGCUGCAUACAAAGUGGUGGAGGUCAGUUUUGUAUCUUGUAGUUUAUGUAUAUCAAUUCGAUCUAAUGCUAAUUGCUGAGAUUAGGGAGAGGGGAGCUCCCCUCACAUAUGGCAGUCUGCCACAUUGAUUCUCAUCGCGCUCUUGUGGUUCCCCUCCAUGGAACUCUCAAGUUACCUACAUUAAGAAAAAAAGAAGAAAAAAAAUGUCAGAACACCACAUAUCUUUAUCACGACCCGGCAUGAUAAGUUGUAGCAUUUUAUUUCAUUUAAUAAUUUGUGUAAAUUCUAAUGUAUAUUGAUUCAUAGUCCAUAGUAUUCCAAUACAAGUCUUAUUCUUUCAUAA